UGAUCAUGUAAUUAGGCGGCUGCAUUUUGUAGGUUACUGUAAUGAUUAUUAAUAGCUUAUGAUGGCUGCAGGAGGCUUAAUCCGCAGGAGUGGUAAUGAAUAACAAAUUGUUAAUCACAGCAAAUUCGGUCGCAAUUCAGCACAUGUUUACAUCACAGGCCACUCGGAUCGGAACAUCACCGCGAUACCGUAAAAUCUAAUCUCAAAUGCCAUUUCGUUUUAUAAAGCGUAGAAGCGUAAAUGUCUAUUUAUUAAAGGCUGUUGUUACAGGUGUUGAUGUGGGGAAGAAAAGAACCAGUGUCUCCCAAAAUUAAAGGAUGCACUGGUCAAUGAACACGCUUCCCUUGACUCCGUAUAUGGAGCUGGGUGUACACUCACUGAGCGGCCUUCUGUGGACUCUACUGCUUUUGUUUCUGUGGCACUGUUAUCGGAUGGGCUCUGACCUGCCAAUCCCAGGCCAUGCGCAUGCUGGAAAGCUCAAGUCAAGCUCAAGGAGGUCCAUGAUGUCCCGUAGCGGUAGCUGUAUUGGAACAAAGUGCAGUGCACGAUCCAAGCUGUCCAGGAGUGAUCCAAUUAGUCCCUUUAUUUCCAUGGAAACAGUGGAAGACGAUGAGCAGGGACGGGGCUACCUCACCCCAGUCCUGAGUCAUGCCUUGUUCCCUGCCCAGGCAUCUGCAGAAGCCAAGAAGUUGUACACAGCCCUGCAGGAGUACGCCAAACGCUACAGUUGGGUGGGCAUGGGCCGCAUUCAUAAGGGCCUCCGUGAGCAGGUCAGACUGAAUGAUCACUCUGCUAUACAGAAGCCUCAUCUCUUCUUCCUGCCAGAUGUUCCAAGUGUGCCUUUUUUCCCACGUGACGCUCAUCGACAUGACAUUGAAGUCUUGGAAGCCAACUACCCCGCGAUCCUGGCUGAAUUCCAGGCUGUCUACCAGAAGGGCAUUGACUCAAAAUUAGGCUGGACCUGUGUAGGACCAAAGGGCCAAGCUGUGUUUCCUUUGUACAGCGCUGGUGUCUCUGUGGCAGGAAACUGCCGUGCCUGUCCCUGCACCUACCGGACACUUCUGUCUUUACGUACUUUUAUAAACAGCAACUCAUUGGGAUCAGCAGGAUUUUGGCUGCUGGGCCCUGGAGCAACUUUGGGAAGCACAUAUGGACCCACUAAUACACGCCUGCGUUGUCAUCUGGGUCUGCAGACUCCACCCCUGUGCGAGCUGGUGGUGGGAGGGGAGCCUCAGUGCUGGUCAGAAGGACACUGCCUCCUGGUUGAUGACUCCUUCCUUCACACUGUCUCCCACAAGGGCCCUCCAGAUUCUAGACCCAGCGUCAUUUUGAGCGUGGACCUUUGGCAUCCAAAUGUGGCUGCAGCAGAGAGACAAGCCCUGGACUUCAUGUUCAGCCCUGACCUCUAAAAUGUUUUUGUUUAUCUGUGUACUUGUAUACAACAUGAAGAGAUGCCUUACAUUAGACCUGGUUGUCCUGGGACAUGCAUCUCAUUCCAGUAAAUUAACUGCUGUGUGAAUCUGCCUCAAGAAUUACACAAGCCAUUAGCCAUGCUUUCAAGUGCUGUUGGAUGUAGGGUCUACACCGAUAUUUACCACAUGAAUGCAUUACACUGUUGUUAUUCAAGGCUGGAUGCUAGGCCACAAACUAAGCAUCACUUGAAAGCACAAAGAGCAGAUCCAGCGUUAGCAACUUGGCAUCAUAACUUUAUGCAUGUGAAAACUACUGGAGUUUAUUUUCAACUGUUGAUGCAUGUGCUAAUAUGCUAUGGGAAUGAUUCAACCAGAAAAACUGUGAAAACCAAAAAAAAGAUAAAUAUUACAAUUGUAAUGUAAAAUUAUUUUUAUUUUCUAAAACUAUUGCCAAAAAUAUUUUGACUAAUAUAUACUGUGGUUCCUUCUUUUCCUAUGUACAGUCCUCUGUGUAUGCUUGGAUAUUUCUAUCUAGAAGUGCUUUCCUAUAGUUUUGUUUAUAACUGAUUGCCAUGCAGUGGUUUACAUAUUAUACGACAUAUAGUACUGUGCAAAAGUCUUGAUCCAUCCGUCAGUUCUUUAUAUUUUGCUCGGAAAAUGGGACGUAGGUGCAGUGAUUUAUUGGAACAUAUAAGAACACACAUGAUAAUUCAGUAAAUAAAGUAAAAAUAGAAUUGUAAAAUUAUAAUAAGCUUGAAAUUCAAUAUUUAAUAUUUAAUAUUAAAUUGAUAUUUAAUAUCAAUAUUCAAUAUUUAAUAUAGACACAAUAAUAAUAAUAAUAAUAAUGAUAAUAAUAAUGAUGAUGAUGAUGAUGAUGAUGAUGUUUUGUGGCUCAAAACUUUUGCACAGUGCUAUAUAUGAGGCUUUUGUCAAUGCUGUUUGGAAAUCAAAAACCAAAUAAAUGAUCAAACCAUUAUUGUCUUGCU